AGCAUGCCGCUGCGCCGCCCACGUGACCCGGGCAGGUCACGUGACUGUUUUUCCCCCUGUCAUGGCGGACUAUAGGAGGGUCGUCGAGUUGGAAAGACGGAUUUUGGAGUUAGACAGCAAGUGCGCCGCUCUCCGGGCGGAAAAACAAGAUGAUGAUUAUUUACAGAACGCCUCGUCCGUGUUGGAGAAGUUAAAGAGCUUGUACACACAUGCUGGAGAGAGCAGCAGUCUGCCCAGACUUCUUCAAGAUUACACACAAGUGAUCCUGGACAUCACCUUUUAUGAGGAGAACAAGCUGGUGGAUCAGGAGUUUCCUGAGGAGAUUUCUCCAUUUAAGAUUCAGCAGCUGCUGCAGGAUCUGACCGAGCCUGAGCUGUUAGCCGCACGCCUUGCACCCAGCCAGGAGGUGCAGGCUGUGUUGGGUUUGGAGCUGUUGGAGUGUGUGUACUGGCGUCGCGGUGCUCUGCUCUACAUGUACUGUCACACACUGCACCAGAGAAAACAAUGGAUCAAGAAGAACAAGGCCACCUUUCUCAAAUGUGUUCAGGAAGGUGUGCGUUACCUGAUGAAGAUGCUGCAGGUGAGGAGCUCAUUGAAGCUCAGUGAUGGUGUUGUCUUCCACGACUCCAACACCGCUAACCUUCUUACUGAGGGUACACUGUCGGACACACACCUGCUGACGAUGAUGUAUAUUGGUGAGUUGUGUUUCUGGGCGGUGAAGUACGAGGAGGGAGGAGGAGGCGGGGGCGGAGUCGGAGGCAUGGACUCGGCUCAGUGUAGAGAUGACACGCUGCACUUCAGAGACAUCGGCACACACAUCCUGCUCAAAUACGUCCGAGUGUGUGAGGGACCGCUACAGGGUCAGGGCUGGAACACCGAGAACGCCAAGGAGAUCCUCAACAUCCUACAAUAAACACACACAGUCUGCGUUCAGUACUCCAAAAUAUUAAGCAUUUUUUCUUCAAAAGAUUUUCAUAAAGCAGUUAUAAUUUAUGAGUUAUUUAUUUCACCGUAACAGAGUCUCUCUGAUCAGAAGGAGAUGCCACACACACACACACACACACACACACACACACACACACACUGACAGUAUUUGCAUUCAGUAUUUAUUUUGAUGAAGAUGUGUAUAUUGUAUUGUUUUCCUCCUCACAGGCUCGCUCUGUAAUCUUUAUAUUUUGAUAUUUUUGUGCACUUUGAGAAAGUUCCAUUUUUUCUGCUUGGAUUCUUUUGCAGUUUUGUUCCGCUGUUUUGUUUAAAACUUACAUUGGAAAUAAAUUUUGGUUUAAGAAAUA